AUGAGAUUUGUCAUUACCUCUACAGCGCUGCUGCUUGCAGCUUGCUCUUCUGCGGCGUCGGCACUCCUGCAGCCGGAACUCGUCAGGCGGGACAUCGAGACCAACUGCACGUCGAUUAAGCAGCGGGUGCCGUGGACGUUCCUGACAGCCGAGGAGAAGGCGGCCUAUAUCCAGGCGGACCUGUGCCUGAUCAAGGCGCCGUCGACGUCGGGGAUCCCAGGAGCCAAGACCCGGUGGGACGACCUGCAGUGGCCGCACAUCACGCAAACAGUGACUGUGCACAACGUGGGCGCGUUCCUGCCCUUCCACCGUAUCUACAUGACGGCGCACGAGACCCUGAUCCGUAACGAGUGCGGCUACACGGGCCGCAUGCCGUACUGGGACGAAUUGGCUGAGGUCUCCAACAUGGCAGGGUCCGAGCUGUUCGAGGAUCAGUACUUUGGCGGCAACGGCGUCGGCAGCUCUCGGUGCAUCGCUGACGGGCAGUUUGCAAACCUGACCCUGCGGUUCCUCGCCAAUAACCGGGUGAGCGAUCACUGCGUUACCCGCCGGUUCAGUCAACAAGCUUUCCAAGCAGCGGCGCAGGCAAAUAUCAACCGGUGCAACGCUAUCAAGACAUAUGCCAAUGCGUGGACCUGCUGGUCCCUUACCCCUCAUAGCGCGGGUCACGCCGGUGUUGGCGGUGUCAUGAACGACCCAACCUUCUCGCCUGGCGACCCAAUCUUCUAUCUUCACCACUCAUACUUAGACAAGCUCUGGUGGGAGUGGCAGAAGCUGGACUACCCUGCGCGUCUCCACGACAUGGCUGGCCCUAACAUCCCGACGGGCACCCGGCCUGGCAGCCCCAACUACCCACCAGCGUCGCUCACGGACUACUUUGGAGAUAACGGCAACGUGACGACGCUGAACCACAACUUGUGGAUGACAAGCGUGAUCCCCAACGUCACGAUUGCCGACAUCAUGAACUUGAAUGGGCCGACUGUAUGCUCCGAGUAUCUCAACGCCGCGGAUCUGGAACGGGGUACCGUAUAA